GCAACCCCUCUUACAUUCAUUCUUUUCUUCUUCUCUAGCAGCCUACGACUCUUUAAGUUUCCUGGUUUCUUUUUCCACCGUCACUAUGAGCAAGCGCCAAGUCAAGGCACAAGCCAGCAGCAGCCGGGCUGCGUCCAGCGCAUUCGGUUCGGGCUUUGGUGCCGCUUCAGCUAUAGCAUUUGGAGCCUCUUCUUCGCCGUUAUCUUAUGUUUCAGAGCCUCCGGACCUCUCCGCAAUAUCAGACCCCAAUGUAGUGGUCGCAUUCAAGAACCUCUCGAAGAAAGACAGUACAACAAAGGCAAAGGCGCUGGAAGAUCUACAAACGUACAUCUCGUCAGUUGGCGGACAGGUCGAAGAUGGAAUAUUGGAGGCGUGGAUCAAAACGUUUCCCCGCACCUCGAUAGAUAGCUCUCGAAGAGUGCGUCAACUUGCCCAGUCGCUGCAAGGCCAGAUCUGCGCUGCUGCCGGGAAGCGGAUAGCCAAGUACAUACCGAAGGCUGUGGGAGCUUGGCUAUGUGGGCUUUAUGAUAACGACCGGUUGGUCGUGAAGGCGACGCAGGAAUCCCUUAAACUGGUCUUCUCUACCCCAGAGAAACUCCAGAACCUUCGCAAGGCAUACCAGCAACCAAUCCUGGAGUACUGUCGCUAUGCAAUCGAUAAUGAGACUGCAUUGACACUUAGCGACGAGCGAACCGUGAGCCCAGAUGACGCUGAAGGGAAGUACUGUCGAGUCAUAGCAGCUUGCAUCGCCGUCAUUGGGAGUCUUUUGACGGACUUGAAACCAGAGGACUCUACGAAAUACCAAUCAGACUACGAUGCGUUUCUGGGAGAUCAAAAGUUGUGGGAAUUUGCAACUUAUGAAGACGCUUCCGUAAGACGCUCAACACAUAGGUUUCUGAGGACGUGCCUCUUAAAAAAGAAAGAUUCGUUAUCGUCACACCUACGUACCCUCAGCAAGUCAUAUUUAUAUCAAGGUCUAAGCUCUAACCAGACCGGAUCAGCAUACGAAUAUGUUGAGACCGUGGUCAUGUUGACAGAGUUGUUCCCGUUGGUUUGGACUGACCACUACUCUGGGAAGAAGACAGUUACUCAAAAGUUCCAGCAUUUCCUGAAACGCGGCUCGCAGAGCGGACCACGAGAGUUCUGGGAUGGCAUUGCGAAACUUUUCAACUUCUUACCAAAAUCAGUCCUGCCUGCGACUGGGGUUGACGCAGUCGAUCUACUCGGAGCAAUGCACAGCGGUAUAAUCAAGAAGGAUGAGCCUCGCGCUAAUCUUGCAGCAGCCUUCGGUGCAUAUCUCCAUGUAGCUUUGUUGAUAUGCAGUCUACUUCCAGAGGACGACCAACGUAGAUUGAUGAGCGAAAUGGUGCUGCCAAUCUUCUCACAGUAUUUGCGGCCAAGUCCAGAACAGUCCCAAUGGGCAAUACCUGAACCCAACGGCUCUAGGAUUAUCAGCAAGGUCAUGGUGUCUGGAAUCAUUCCGUCCGUGCUUCAAGAGGAAUGGCCUAAAUACGCAGAGAUGCUCAUUGAAGACAUCAAGACUUCAGCGCCAGAACAGUCUAAGGACUUUGAAAAGUCUCAUAAAGCCCUGAUACAGCAAGCAGCUAGGCUUGCUAGUUUGCAAGCUCAUGCUCUUGAUAAUGACUCCUCGGGGUUUUAUCGCCCAGUGCUAUCCUCCGCGACUGCUUUGAUAGUCUCAGUAUCUCUAGAAGUUCUAAUCAGCCGUAAGGGGAAGCCUUACGGAGCGGCAGGCGUCGUCGCGGAAUUUCUCCGCCUUUGCGAAAGUCUCGUGUUUGACGAAGAGCACUGCAAAGACCAGCUGAUGUCUUUCCUGCAUAAUGAUCUUCCAAGCCUUUUCAUCUCGCCAUCUUACUCGUGGAGAGCAACACUCAAGGCCGUCCUAGGAAGUCCAGAUUCCCCAGCAAAGCUGGAAGCCCUGGGACACUUGCUUACCUCGCCCAAAAUUCCUACUGGUUUCAAUCUCGCUUCCUCAGACGCAGAACUGCAGAACUACAUAAAUGCGAAGGCUCACAGCGCUCUACAGGGCACUUCAGACUGGCUGUUCUUUGGGCAACUCUUACAGAGUCCGUCCACCGCCAUUGCUACCGAGACUGCAGACGAGAUUCUGUCCAGCAUGACGAAGUCGUUGUCAGUUGCUGACUCUACGGCCAAUGCACUUGAGGGCUUCCAGAAAGUCACGAACCUUAAUCCCUUACUGUUGAAGCAUUUUGUACCUACGCCAGAAGGAUCCGAGCUGCUCCGCAGUUUGUUGUUGCUUGCAGAGUCUGCAGAUGACCAGAUAGCACAAGAAGCAUCGGCCGUCAACAAUAGCAUACACUCCAUCCUCACACGAGGUUCUGAUGGUGGGAACUCGAAGCAAUCAAUGUUUGAUGUCAUCCAGAAUGGCCUCAAGGAAGCUUCCCGCACUUCUGUAUCCGUCAAUACUCUCGUAGAACUUGCAACAAAAAUCUGGGUAGCGGAGGAGGAUUCGACAUCUCCCCUAGGGGACGUUGCUGACUGCCUUCUACCGGAUGGAAAUGCAUGGACAGCAGCACUAACCCCCUUUCUUGCUGUACAACCAAGAGCCUCUCUUUCUAUAACAAAUGUCCUUGGAGGCACGUCCUAUCUUGUUCCUCCUAGCUCUUCACAAGAGGCGUUCAGCAAGACUUAUCCUCGAGAUGGAGACGGGUUCUCGGCCGCGUUUCGCAUCGCGUCUUAUGCCAGCCGAGUCUUAUGCGGAACGGACGUAUUUGAGUACAUCGCAACCGAACGACAAGAAGAGAUCUACCGUCUCACUGCACUAACGGUGCAGCUUAUUGAGGACAACCUUGGACUUGCGGGCUCCAACAACCUGUGGGCUCAGUACACGCCGGAAGUUGAGAAUGUCGUUGUUCUUUCUUUGGAAGAUGCACGAAACUUCAUGAACAAGCAACUCACAGACAAUGGCUCUUCGUGGGAUGAUGAUAAUGAGGGCCCUACGUCUUUCUUAAAGUCGGCGCUGGUAUCAUUGCAUGCAGCAUCCGAGGAGACUUCGUCAUCUUCGUACUACAGUUCCAGGGCCUUGAGCGUGCUAACCACAGAAUUGAUUGAAAUAUAUGGGUGGAAUAGUCAAAGAACUCCGAAUCUUCAGACAGCUCUCAAAGGCCUUCGAAGGAGCAAGAGUCCUUUUUAUCCCGCGGCUUUCUUGACGGGAUAUAGCUUACCAUUGUCCACCACGAAAUCGUCGACGAGGCUAUGCAAUGAGUAUGUGGCCGAAAUCACUGGCUUGGACAUUGCUGAGAAGUCCGAAGAAGGCCUCCGACAGUUGGUAAUGCUGAACUUGAUUCUUUAUAAUCACGAAGAUGUGAGCGAGGGUAUCGCCAGACAGCGAGCCAUCUUCUUCGUCAAACAUGUCAUACCUUGGCUAGAAGACGAUUCGAUUUCUCUGUCAAUUCGUGCAGAAGUCUGUCGCUCUCUGAGUGCACUACUGCCCUUGAUCAGCGAUAUCUAUGGAUCACACUGGGGUAAGAUCCUCAAUUGCUUGGCCGAUCAGUGGUCGUUACCAAGAAAGAUCGACGACCACGGCUCGAACACCGAUGCAACCAUUCCUUCCAUCCAUGCAUCUUUAAAGCUCUAUGCCACGCUGAGAUCUCUCAAAGGAAGCGAGGAUCCAAACGACGACCUCGUGGAUGCUUGGAAGGACUCGGAAGAAAACGUCGCGAGUGGCCUAAUCAACCUCCUCAAGCACUCUCAACACUUCCCCGAUGAAUACCACCAGCCUUUGAGAAUCGUCAAUGAGCUACUCACGCGGCAGAUAUCUAAGAUCUCGCUCCAGCACCUCAAUGAAACCGAAGAACUAUUUCCACUACUAUAUGUGGAAUCUCAGUCAGUCCAGCAAGCAGCAUUCGAUAUUCUGCACCAGAAGAUCCCGGCAGCACAAGAACAAAUCUCGAUCGACGCAGCGAUUGACAAGUCCACUGCCCGACUCCCUGAGGAACUUCUCUCUCUUAUCCUCGAGGCACCGACUCUAGAAUCCCUCGCCGACGCCAGCUUCGAGCGCAGCAUGCCACUGCCAUUACGAGGCUACUUGCUUAGCUGGCUACUCGUCUUCGACCACAUGCAGCACGCGUCAUACAAGGUAAAGACAGACUACAUCGAGCACAUCAAGGAAGGCGACUACCUCCCCGGCCUGCUCGACUUCACCUUCGACUUCCUCGGUCACGCUCGCGGAAAACCGGUCGAUGUAGGUAAACUAGAUGUCACGACCUACACCCCUGACAUGGAGCCUCCGGAGCGCGACUCACAAUGGCUGCUCACUCACAUCUACUACCUCUGCCUCACACACAUGCCGUCGCUCGCAAAGACAUGGUGGAUCGACUGCAAAUCGCGCCAGAAAGUCAUCGCCGUCGAGUCCUGGACCGAGAAAUUCAUCUCCCCCCACGUUAUCACCACCGCCCUCGCCGCCGUCAGCGCCUGGUCCGCGACCCAACCCGCCGACGACGAACCCCUCCUCAUCAGAGUCUCGCCCCGCGCGCGCGAGGUCACCGCCGCCUACGAAGUCGACGAGCAGACGAUGCGCAUCCGCCUCGCGAUGCCGCCGACGUAUCCGCUGCACCUGGCCCUCGUCGAGGGCCUCAGCCGCGUCGCCGUCGACGAGAAGAAGUGGCAGAGCUGGCUGCUCUCCGCGCAGGGCGUCAUCGCCUCCAGCAACGGCAACCUGAUCGACGGGCUCACGGCGUGGCGGCGCAACGUGGUCGGCACGCUCAAGGGCCAGAGCGAGUGCGCGAUCUGCUACAGCAUCAUCGGCGCGGAUAAGCAGCUGCCGAGCAAGCGGUGCAGCACGUGCAAGAAUCUGUUUCAUGCGAGCUGUUUGUAUAAGUGGUUUAAGACGAGUAAUGCGAGCUCUUGUCCGCUGUGUCGGAAUGCGUUUAACUAUGGGUAGAGGGAUGGGCA